UUUAAUUACCUGCUCAAUUAUGCUGUAUCCACAUUCUUGCUCUUCUUUACCAACUCAAUCAGCCCAUCAAAGACAUCAACUUAGUGAUUUUAAUCAACAAAUUCUGAAAGGAAUGACGGCUGGUAUUUUGGCUGCAGCUAUUUCAAAAAGUGCAGUGGCACCAAUGGACAGAGUUAAAUUGGUUUUGCAGCUCCAAACAAUCACAUCUCGUGCCGAAAUUGCUAUUUGCCAUCGACAGCCUUAUCAAGGAAUUUAUGACUGUUUUCGACGUUUAUGUGCCGAGCAAGGCUUUCGUUCUUUAUGGCGUGGAAAUUCUGCUACAGUGAUUCGCUGUAUCCCAAAUCAAGCACUCAAUAUGUUGUUUAGAGACAAAUUUCGGAUUACUUUAUUAGAUGGAAUUGAUUGGAGGGAUAGACCUUUUAGAUUUGUUUUAGGUAUUUUUACUAUUUAUUUCUUGCUAGAGCUCCUGGGCCUUGAUUCUGGGAUUGAUUCCGUAUCCUUGAUUUGUAGUAGAUUUGAUGGAUCAGGCUCCGAAAAAGGCCGGUUUAGAUAUUUCGGAAAUCUAGCAGCAGGCGGUGCCGGUGGUGCAUUAACUUUACUUGUCGUUUAUCCUCUCGAUUUGGCACGGACUCGUCUAGCGGUUGAAAGAGUUGACUCAGUCAGAAAUAUUUCACAAUGCUUUUCUUUGGUUUCUGCAAAUGAAGGGUUGCCUGGACUUUAUCGAGGAUUUUGUGCUUCGCUUGUUUUUACUGUUGUUUCAAGGGCUGUGUUCUUCGGAAUUUUUGAUUCUAUUCGUCUUUCCAUGGAUGAGCAAAGAAGACGAAGACUUAGCUUUUUUACUACUUGGUCGUUGGCACAGGCAUCUCUUAUUGUUUCUUCAUUGCUCUGUUAUCCUUUGGACACUGUUAGACGUCAUUUAAUGAUGGAAGCUGGCCAAAGCAAAAAACUUUACAAAAAUCAAUUUGAGUGUUGGAAGGGUAUUUUAUACAAUGAAGGGCCAAAAGCUUUGUACAAGGGAGCACUCACUAAUUCGUUAAGAUGUACAAGUGGUGCACUUAUUUUGGCUGUAUAUUAUGAGGUAUUGAAAUAUUUAUAG